AAGAAUUCCAUGGGCGUCUCCUUCUUUGCUUCUUUCUCUCUUCUAUAUAAUCUUCUUUCCAUUAUUUUCUUUCACUUUCUUGUUCAUAUCUUCUGACUCCAAGCAGUUUUCGAAUAAAUAUUGAUUCAAAUUUUACGAAUUUCUUGAAAAAUUACUACCGACGUUCAUAAACCCUGAUAUCUUCCUCUAUCUGUCAUUCAAUAAUUGAUAGAUCUGUCAUUUUCCCAUUUGGGUUUUCCGACAAAUAUCCAGGGAACAAUCAAAAAGUUUGAAGUUCAUUUGAUUUGCAAAGCAUACAAAGUGGAACAACUCCUUUGGCUCUACAAGGGUUAAGGUGGUGUGGCCACUUAUGAGAUGAUGGAUUGAAAUCUGGUGAGAAUGGAUGAUGAGAAUAGAUUUGGAUAAAAUGCUACUCCAUUCAUCGAAUAAGAAUGGGAAAUUUGUCUUUUACAAUUAAAUGUGGUCUUCUAGAGGACUUGAAAAUCUCAAUUCAAUGUCUUCUGAUAGGAGCCUAAUGAAUAAGAACAAAACCACCAUUGGUAUUCAAACACAAGCCUCCGAUUCCUCAACAAGGCAUAAUCCUCAAACAAGUUCUUCUUUUCCAAAUGAAAAUGAUAACACCGAAUAUUCUUCUGAGGAACAGGAACACCUUGCACGUGUUAAAGCACAAAAGGAGGAAAUUCAAUAUCUUAGAGAACAAAUUACUUUUUCAAGUGUCAAGGAACGACAAUUAUUAAAUGAAAAAUAUACAUUGGAAAAGAAAUUUUCUGAGCUACGAUUGGCUCUGGAUGAGAAGCAAAAUGAAGCCAUUGAAGCUGCUGCAAAUGAAUUGGCACGUAGAAAAGGUGUUCUUGAUGAAAAUCUAAAAUUAGCCCAUGACUUGAAGGUUGCUGAGGAUGAGAGGUAUAUUUUCAUGUCAUCUUUAGUGGGGCUAUUGGCUGAAUAUGGAAUUUUGCCUCGUUUUACAAAUGCUGCAGCUAUUUCAGAUAGUGUAAAGCACUUACAUGAUCAAAUGCAACAGAAGAUUAGAGCAUCACAAGGUCAACAACGACUUUCACCUUCACCCUAUGACAAUUCAACAGGUGGCGGACAUCUAGAACCAUUUUAUGAUAAUUCCAAAUAUACCCCUGAAAGAGACCAUAGAGAAAGAAAUAGCUUGAUUAUCAAUAAUGGUCAGAUGAAUCGAUCACUAGAUAACGAUAAUCGCCAAAGAUUUGCAACCAAUCCUCUCAGUCAGGAUGUUGAUCAUGUUUAUGAUUCUAAUAAGAUGAAUAAUAGAUAUGAAGGUGUGGCGACUGAUGUCAGUUAUUUUCAACCACCACCUAUAAAUGAUGGUGGUGAUUCUUACUUACAAGAAGAUGGCCCGGGAAUCGAAGGGUUCCAAAUAAUUGGGGAAGCAAAACCUGGAGGAAAACUUUUAGGGUGUGGAUUUCCAGUGCGUGGGACCUCAUUAUGCAUGUUUCAGUGGGUUCGUCACCUUCCAGAUGGGACUAGGGAGUAUAUUGAGGGAGCAACAAAUCCAGAGUAUGUCGUUACAGCUGAUGAUGUUGAUAAACUUAUUGCUGUUGAAUGCAUACCAAUGGAUGAUCAUGGUCGACAGGGGGAAAUAGUCCGACUUUUUGCCAAUGAGCAGAACAAGAUAAUGUGUGAUCCAGAAAUGCAAGAAGAAAUAGACAAAUAUAUGGCAGCUGGUCAAGCAUCAUUUAAUAUUUUGCUUCUGAUGGAUUCUUCUGAGAAUUGGGAGCAAACAACUUUCAGUUUAAGGAGAUCAAAUUAUCAAGUAAAGAUUAAUCGAACACAAGAGAUUUUCAUCCAAGGCAAAUAUACCAAUGAUGUAUCGAUAAAGAUUCCUUCAGGGCUUACUACACAAUUUGUGUUGACAUAUUCGGAUGGAUCUUCACACCCUUUUAAUACUUUCCAUGAUGUUAGAAUGCGCGAUACAUUGGUGCUCACCAUGAGAAUGUUCCAAAGCAAGGCAUUGGAUGAAAGAAGGAAUGCAAGAGCAUGAAACUUUUAUUCUUCGAUAUAGAUACAAGUAUUAUAUAUAUAUACUCAUUCUUUGUAGAAAUGAAGUAAAGAACAAUAAGACUAUUGUAGAAGGUUUUGUUGUUUAGAUUCGAAUCAAUGAGUGUGAGUGAAAACAAGGGUGUGUUGGUUUACAAUGUUCUUAUUUCUAUUUGAUUUUGACUUUCUGUAAA